GCAAUAUCUACACGCUGAUAGGCUACUCUACACUAAAAUCUGGCAGUCACUUGAGCGCCCUAAUCCACCGCAGUCAGUCAGAGACGGACUGCGAUAGAAGUGUCUGCGAUGAAUACCAGCAAAAAUGAGUUGGGGAAGGAACAGCUAGUUUUGAGCUGGCAAGGUUGUAAACCCUUGCCAACAAUACCAGACAAGAACUUCGCUGUCUUCAUGUUGGAAGCGAUGGCGAAGGUAGUCGAGGGAGAUGACGAAGCCAUUGCCGUGGUGGAUGCAGAGACCGGGAAGAAAAGAACUUUCUCUGAGUUAUGUGAGUUAGUGCCGAGGAUGUCGGCCGGGCUGGCGGCAGCAGGGGUCGGUCUGGGUGACAGGGUAAUGUAUUACUCACUGAACCAUACAGACUACCCGCUGGUCUAUCUGUCCGUCCUGCAUCGAGGAGCAACCAUCGUUCACAUCUCUCCAAUCUACGAAGGGUUGCAAGAGGACAUGAUGCACGCCAUGCGGCUAAGCGGUGCUAGUUGGGCAAUAGUACACGCUGAGCUGCUAGACCAGGCUGAAGCCGUCUUUUCCCUCCUGCCACCAAAUACCCUGAAGAAAGUGUGGGUGAUUGGCGGCGCCGUGGAGCCAGCCAUUGAAGACCUUGUGGGCCAUGCUCCGAUACCUCCAGUCACUCAGCUUGAUGGUCUACAUCCGGCCAGUGCUAUGGCACAAAUGCCCUUCUCUUCUGGCACAACAGGAUCACGCAAAGGAGUGAUGAUCUCACACUCCAACGAAGUUUCCAGGAUGAUAAUGUUCAAAUACUUGGCAGACGUUCAAGAGUGGUUGGGUACAUCGGAGUCUACUGAUUCAACUUGUCUUUUGGUGACGUCAUUGAGCCACAUAUACUCGCACUUCUUUCUUUUUGCCUCCUUGAUGUUUGGCGGGAAGGUUGUCCUUUUACCUCAUGUUAGCAGCAGCGCCAUAUUGAGGACAAUACAGGAACACCAGGUGACUUUGGCAAUCUUUACACCACUCCAUCUGAAAAUGAUCGUAGAAUCACCGGCCUGCCAGGAACAUGACUUGUCCUCCCUGAAACUCGUCACCAGUGGUGCAGCUUCCCUUUCAGAGCACGUUGUGAAGAAUUUCAAAAAGAAGGUGGAGGCAUUAGUAUACAACUUAUGGGGAAUGACGGAACUUGCCUCCUUUGCUACCGGCUGCAUUGUUACACAGGACUGGAAAAGCCUUUGUAUUGGAAAAGUCAUGCCCUUCUUCGAAGUUAAGGUAGUGGACCCAAGUAGCGGGCAGCUCUUGGGGGCUGAUGAGCCUGGAGAAAUUUGUGUGCGGAGCCCCACCACAAUGAUCGGCUACGCUAACAACUCGGCUGCUACCUCCUCCAUGAUAGAUGCCGAAGGUUGGGUUCACACGGGUGAUUACGGCUAUUACGACAGCCAGGGCUUGAUCUACUUGACUGACAGAAUUAAAGACCUCAUGAAGACUAGGUCACAUAUACAGGUACAGCCGUCAGAACUGGAGGAUUUGCUGCUACAACACCCACAUGUGGCUGAAGCUGUGGUGAUUGGCGUGUGUCAGGAGGACUUUGAGGAGAUGCCGCGGGCAUUCGUGGUGCUGGAGCCUGAAGCUCCUGUCCAACCUGAGGUCCUCCAGCGGUUUGUCAAUGGUGUGGGUUUCCUAGAGGUCUAUCCAGAACUCGGGAUCAGCGCAUGCGUGAACAACAUGCCAGAUGUACGGUUCGAUACCUCAUUUGCGGCCUGCCGUCACGGAAUCGCGUUCCUGACUUCAAGCAGCUGACUGGCGGGGUGUGGGUGGUGGAGGAGAUCCCCAAAAACAGCACUGGCAAACCUCUGAAGCGACAACUCAAGGCUGCUCAAGUUACACAACUGGCAUCCUGCUGAUGAUUACUACGCAAUACCUUUGCUUUCGUGGAACUAAGAGUGAGGGUUCGUGGGUGUUGCCAAUUUCAAUGAAAAAAUAUUUUGUCUGUAUUUAUCAAUGUCCACUUUCUUACGUAAUGAGUUUGUUCUUAAAAAAAAAAAAAAAAAAAAAAAAAAAAAAAAAAAAAAAAAAAAACUUUACUUCAUUUAUUUCAACUUCUAAAUCAUUUGCGUCUAACUACAACAUAAACAUAUUUUCAAAUCUGUUCACAAUCUUAUCAAUAUAGGUACUACAAAGUUCAUUAUUCACUUAAUUCGAUAGUUUAGAUAGUACUUAAGAUAGUUAAUAGCAGUACAUUAUAUAAAUAUAUACAUAGUAAUAUGAGUAAUUAAUACACUAAUAUGUUAAACAUCUUUAUAUUAGACAGCUGAAUUUGCACCAUUACUUUAAUCCCCACAUUUACUUUUACAAUCGUUUGUGUAAAUGUUGAAAAGAACAGGUGACAACACACAUCCCUGGGGAGCUCCUGUGCUUGUAACUAUAAUGUCAAAAUUGAUGUUAGAUAUGCUGACAAACUGUUCCCAAUUUAAGAGGUAGUCUAGUAUCCACAAUAUGAGAUUACUAUCAACAUUCACGGUUAACAAUUUGUCAAUUAGUAGGUGAGAUUGAAUGGUGUUGAAAGCGAUAAUGAAUUACACGAAUGUAAGAAUGAAGUUUUUUAAGCUGGCUCGUUAUUUCGUGACAGCAUUUGUACACUUCUCCCAGAUUAAUAAACUGGUGUGGAUCAUUAUACUCACUAACAAAAUUGUAUUACUCACUAAUUAUUAUAUUACUUACUAAUUAUUAUACUCACUCCACAAAAUAUGCUUAAUGAUUCUCCGAGCGGAGAAAGAGGAUUCUACUUUUGUUACUGCACAUCUUUACAACCCAAUGUUUCGGCUGGCCCCUGGAGGGUACAACGAUGAUUUGGUCAGGAGCUCUUUUUGGUGUCCAUCUCAUAUAAAAAUUGCUAUUUCAAGCUCGAAAAUAUCUACUACGUAACUUUUGACGGCUCAUCUUUCUUAUUUCAUGACAUUUCUUCGUCAGACCCACCUUUUUUGCCGUAUUUUGCAUAUUUCGAUUUUUUGGCAUGUGAGCAGAAAUUUCUAACAACUCUCGCCACUAUCACCUCCUUACUACAGCUGGAGCUCGAGUUCGGAAAAUGCGCGAAUUAUUUCCCAUAACUCAUUUAAUAUACGGGAUAUAUAUAUAUAUAUAUAUAUAUAUAUAUAUAUAUAUAUAUAUAUAUAUAUAUAUAUAUAUAUAUAUAUAUAUAUAUGUCAGACUCAGCAGUGACUGUAGAAUCAAGAUAUAUAUUGUAAAAACUUGACAAAACAAAAAAGAAAUUGGUAUUACGACGAAUUAAACUGUGAAGAUGUAAAAAAAAUGUACAUAACAUGUUUACUUAUGCUCGCUAUUUUCAAAAGUUAAUCAUUGAAUAAUGAAAUAUAUUAUUACAUUAAGUAGGAAAACUCGUGAACACGACAGUGUGAUCAGAAUGGAGAUAAAGCUCCACAUAAUGAAAGCACAGAGCCAUUUAUAGCAACAUACCACACGCCGCAACCAUCACGGCGACGCGACACUUGCCGUGAUGGUUGGUGGUAGGGGAGGGUCCUUGGUAAGGGGGACGUGGCAGCGGCGACACAGCGGAAACCUCCCAGAACUGUAUAUACAGGGUGUAACGCGAGUUUCUGCAAAUACUGAAAGAGGCGAAAGAACGUGUAAUUCUAAGUAGAAAAUGUUCUAGAGAAAGAGAGAGAGAGAGAGAGAGAGAGAGAGAGAGAGAGAGAGAGAGAAAGAGAGAGAGAGAGAGAGAGAGAGAGAAUGAUAUAGAUAUAAUUAGCUAGAUGGAUAGAUGUGCAUUUAUGGGCAGGCUGGGAUUAAAAAAAUUGUUAGGCAAAAUUCGUCUCACAAUACCUCAGAUUCCAUCAAUUAAUUCUAUUCAAACUUGUAAUAAAAGUUUGUUGAAGAGAAGUGUAUUAGAACAACCUCCAUUUCAUGAAACACCUUUGCUUUUCUGAAGAAAAGUUAAAUAUUUUCAUUGUUCAGUUCUUUUCCUGGGUUUUUAUUUAUUUAUUUAACAACAUAACCCAGCCUCUCUAACCAAAUUGGGGGUUUAAAGAGGACUAAGGCAAUCCUUUGUUGUAACAUAACCCAGCCUUCCUAGCCAAAUUAGGCUUUAAUCUUUUCACUGCGAUAUGCAACAAUUCACAACACUAGAAACAAUGUAUGAAAUCUUUAUAAACAUCUACAAGGAAAAGAAAAGAAAGGAAAAUAGAUUACACAAUUUGUAGCCUGUUUAAUGGUUACAGAUGGCAGCAUAGCAAGAGAACAUGUCUCCGAAUAGUUAACGAGCGAGGAAGGAUCCACCAAAUAGCAGUGAAAGGAUUAAAGAGGACUAAGGCGAUCUUUUGUUGUAACAUUACAACGUACGACCCGGUCUGCGACGAGUCUAACUAAACCCACCCUCACUUUCAGGACUAAUGCUAAACAGUGUCGCCCGCCAUGUCAAUGGUCGGGAAACGAGUACCGCGGGGGCAGGUGAAUACAACCCUGACUUUCUAAUAUAUGAUCUAAUCGUUGGCCCUGGCCAUCGGUGUGUAAGACAACAGUCAUCACAUACUACCAUUAUAGGCAUUGUUUCCAGGUGUGAGAGUCCGUUCAUUACCCUGAUUCAUGACAAUACAGAAUAUGUAGCCCUCCUUCAGCAAUUUCCUACGCUCACAGAGCCUCUCCAGCAGCGAGAAACCACGGCCCACGCCGUACACCACCACACUGAGACAACUGGCCCAUCAGUCUUCGCUCGGCAGCCUCCGUGCCGCAAAGGCAGAGUUCGAUUCCCUACUAAAGGAUGGAAUUAUACAAGCAUCCAAGAGCUGUUGGGUGUCUCCUCCUCAUACGGUGCCAAAGCCUUCAGGUAAGGAGUGGCGUGCAUGUGGGUACUACAGUACAAAGUCACGGUGCCAGAUAGAUAUCCAAUCCCACAUAUUCAAGAUUUCCAUCUGAAGUUAAAAGGACAAACAAUUUUUUUUCCAAAAUUGAUUUAGUGAGGGCCUUCCAUCAGAUACCAGUGCACCCACCAGACAUACCUAAAACAGCUGUCGCCACAACAUUUGGAUUAUUUAUUUAUGAAUUUUGGUUUACGUAAUGCUGCACAGACCUUCCAACGACACAUGGAUCAUAUUUUGCGCGACAUGAGAUUUGCAACCGUGUGCAUCGACGACAUUCUUGUGGCAUCAAACAGUAGGAAGAAACAUCGCACUAACCUUCGGCAUCUGCUGAAACGCCUUUGAGACAACAAUAUCAAGAUUCAUCCAGCUUAGUGUGUUUUUGGAGCAGGGGCAGUGGAUUUUCUUGGGCAUGAAAUUAGUAAGGAAGUUAUUUCCCCUGGUACAAAAAGUAGAAAUUAUUCGUCAGCUUCCACAGCUAACUUCAGCGAGAAAGCUCAGGGAGUUUCCUUGGAAUUGUGAUCUGUUACCACCGCUUCAUCCCCAAAGUUGCAGAGAAGUCACACUAUUCUAUAAUCUCCUGAAAGGUCUUCUCCACAGAUCUACAUUUAUGCUUAAAUGGACGCAAGAGGCUGCAGUUACUUUCGCUACCAUUAAAGAAGAAAUAGCUCGGUUUCCUCACCUUACUUAUCCGGAUUCUGAAGCACAACUGUUUCUGACUACCGAGGCCUCUUCUACAACUAUCGCGGUACUGCAGCAGACCAGCAAAGGCGAGGUAUCUCCAAUCGGUUUCUACUCUAAACGCCACCAUUCUGCCCAAAUAAAAUAUGCUGCGUUUGGCCGAGAGCUACUGGCAAUAUACAUAGCUGUGCAACACUUAAAAUACCUUCUGGAGGGUAGGCAGUUUUACAUCCUCUGUGAUCAAAAACCCUGAACAUUUGCUAUGACACGCCCUUCAGACACCUACACUCCACGAGUGCAGCGACAGCUUUCAUAUAUCUCUGAAUUCACGACUGACAUUUGUCAUAUUAGGGGAGUGGAGAAUCCUGUGGCCGACGCUCUCUUGCGCUCCAUCACUGCCAUGACUCAAUACCCACCGCCGCUUGAGUACCAACAAAUCACUAUCGCGCAAGAGACCGACGACGACCUUGCUGAGUUUAGAAGAAAUCCUAUGUCUAUAGAGCUUCAUCCCUUCCAGGUUUCUGGUACAUCCCUUCAGGUGUGGUGCGACGUGUCGGAAAGAGUCAUCCUGGAGUCAAAGCCACGCGACGACUCAACUCGUUCUGUGGUGUGGCCUCAGAUUCGCUCCUGGACCAGCAAUGUAUCUCCUGUUAGGCAUCAAAGGUUCAUCGUCAUGUGAAGGUUCCAUUGCAACCCUUUCCUUUACCAAGAUGUAGGUUUCAGACGGUUCAUGUGGAUAUUCUAGGUCCUUGGCCUCCAUCUAGAGGACACAGGUAUUUGCUAACUAGCACUGAUCAUUUCAGGCAUUGCAACUCCAAUGCCUGACAUCUCUGCAGAAUCGACAGCUUCAGCAUUUCUCUGAGGGUCUCUCACUUUGGCGCACCUAACACAGUCAUAACUGACCGCGGUGCCCAGUUCGAAUCCCACCUAUGGCAGGAGGACUGCUUACCAUCCACAGGCUAAAGAUAUGGUUGAAGACUUUCAUCGCCACCUCAAGGACGCCCUGAAAACUCAUCUUUACCCGUUGACUCUUUACUGCUUGUGAUGCUCGCCCUUCGCAUCACAACAAAGGAAGAUUUGCAAGUCCAGUAGAACUUAACUUCGGCCAGAUCCUACCAGGGCAGUUCUCUGCAGCGAUGAACAAAGAGAAUAGUAAUGACAAGUACGCAUUUCUGGACUCUAAACGUCAGAUCACUUCAAAGAUGUUCCCUACUCCACCUCGCCAGUCUGUAUGUGAGAAUAAAAUGUUAUGAUCAGAACUUCCAAGUGGGGCUUUCUUCACAACAGGGUAGGUGUCUUUUACAAUGCAAAACAUAAGAUCUAGUGUGUUCUUUCCUCGGGUCGUGCAUUUAACGUAUUGCUCGUAGGAAGUUAUUUGGUCGUGAAAAUUACAGCCAGUAAUUUAAACACUUUCAGGGAUACUAUUUUCAAAUUUCUUGAAGCGGUUUGACAACAGUUCAUCUGCCACUUCCAUAUUAACAGAUGGAGGUACAUAUACACUGAAAAUUAACAGGUACAGUAUGAAACUCCCUGGGUAAAUAACAGGGUCGACAGGACACAACCAUGUAUUCUAGAUCAUCACAUUAAUGAUACACACACACACACACACACACACACACACACACACACACACACACACACACACACACACACACACACACACACGCGCACACUUUUAUAUCUUGACACCUGGUUCAGGCCAAUGAGCUUAGAGCCAAAAGUUUAUUAACACAAGAAUUACACACAGAUGAAAUAGUGACCUGAAACUUUCACACUAGCAAGAUUGAUGUCUAUUUUACCACUCAGAGGGCAUCUUAAAAAUUCAUUGUAUGGUUUAAUCAUAUCCACAAUUCUAAUUUAAGAUUAAGAAAUUUCGUGAUAUAAAAACUUUAUUAUGCAACAGACUUAACGUUCACUAAGUUUCAUGUCUGGCAGACACACUCUUCAUAAAAGUUGUGGAUGAUUCCCAGAUGGUUCAGUAGGUGAAUGGUACAGCUACGACCUAUCCUGAUACAAAGAUUUAUUGGUCAGUAAUGUAUAAUAAAUUACCCUCUUAAAACUAUUGAGCGUUUUACAUAAAACCUUCCUUGGGUUCCUCCUUAACGCCUGUAGGAUCAGUAAACUUCCAAUAAAGCACAGGCAGAGAUGAUUUUGUGAACACACAUUGCACUAAUCUAGCAUUAAUCUACUGAUUGAUUUAAGCUGAGGCCGCAACAUCGCGGUCAUCUCGCGCCGCUGCAAACAACCAAGAUUGAUGGAUUGGUUUAGGUUAUGACAUCGCUACAAAACUUUAAAAGCAACAAAGAGUGUAGAUUAGAAUAAUUAUAUUAAAACAAAAUUACAGGUACGGUAAUAAUGUUAAGAGAUCACUAAAAGUAAACAUAAAAAAGGAAAUGGGAUGAACCAUCAAAACCUUAAGUGUUAAAAAUGAGAAGGUUGGUAUUUUAAUGUAUUAAUUCAAUUAACUUACAGAGCGUACUGACUUGAUCCCACUGACCCAGACCACUGUGUCUAGCAUUGUUCGUUGACAUUGACCACUGAGCCAGAUAUCUGGCGUUGUUUCUUUUUAUGCUUAAGACAUCGACUCUACUGACCCAGAUAUCUGCCGUUGUUCGUUAAUGGUAUAGUAAAAACAGUCACUAAAAUUCAAGCAUAUAAAAGGAAAUAGGAUUAAUUAGUGAAAAAUGAGGUUCUACAAAUGAAGAAGGUUGGUUUUUUAAUAUAUUAAUUUCAAGUGAGCGGUAUUUGGAGUGGAAGCGCUGUAUCAAGGAAUUAAUGCUGUGGAGAGCUGUGCCACAGCCGAAGUCAAGGUUCAAUGCCCGCCAGUGACUGCGGAGGCGCUGGUGAGCGGAGGACCUGCCAGUGACGAGAGUAAAUUUCCUCCUCGGAAAUUAAUUGGAAUGACCUGGCAGGUGGUGUGACCCCUGUGCUGCAAAUUAAGAAGGUUUGAAUUUGAAUAUAUUAAUUUCAAGUGAGGGGUAUGUGGAGUAGAAGUGAUGUGCCCAGGGAUUAGAUUAACGCUUUGCCACGAUAGUGAGAUGUUCACUCCCUAACGGCAGAGCGCAAAAGAGACAACGAACCGUACAUCUGGCAUACUGUUCAUGCAUGCGCUGAUCCCCAGUUCUGAAUAAAUAUCAAGUGAACUUACACCGGUGUAGUGUCAAACACGGGACCUUUACAAAUCCAGGAACAAAAGGGAUCCCACGUGCAUGCGUGGAAUAUUGCUGCCCUGCCAGUCGCUAGACCACAGAGCAGUGCGCUCGUCACUGUUGGUGAGUUUUCAGUUGCUCUCAUCCUUUGGGGGUGUACAGGCAUCUCUACUGCGGUUAGGUUAGGUCAGGUCAGUUUAGAUUAGGUUAAUUUAGUUCUCUCUCUCUCUCUCUCUCUCUCUCUCUCUCUCUCUCUCUCUCUCUCUCUCUCUCUCUCUCUCUCUCUCUCUUAUACUGAUUCACAUUCACUCAUUCGCUCUCUCGCGCAUUUUUUGCCUUCCUCUCACGAUAUACAGACGUACCUCGGUACUCGACCAUUAUUCGUUCUGAGGUGGUGGUCGAGCACCGAUUUGUUCGAACACCGAAACCAAUUUUCCGAUAAGAAAUAAUGGAAAGUAUUUUAAUCCGUUCUUACCAUUAAGAAAAAUACCUAAAAUAUUAUAAGAACGUGUAUCUAAACAACAAUAAAACGUAAAUGUGCACAAGCAGUACAUGAUAAAGAUAAAUAAAGCAUUAUAAACCAUUUU